GCUCGCUGCCCCGUAAGGCAUGUAGUGUCUCGUGGCCCAUCGCACAAGAUAAACAUACACCUCCUCUCCUUUACUCAAGUUGAGUAUAUCACUCUCACUAGACAACAUGAAGCUGAUCAUUGUUCUGUUCGCCGUCGUCGUGGCCGCCAGCGCCUUCCCAGGCUACGAGCAUCAUCAUGAGGAACACGUCCACGCCAUCCAGGUGCCCCAGCCGCAUCCGAUUCCCCCGAUUCACCCCAAGCCCCUCCACCUGAAGGUCCACAGCCAGGCCCACCAGUUCCACUACCACGACGCCAAGCCCCACCACCCCCACCUCAUCGGCUACGAGGUCUACCAUGAGCCCAAGGCUGAGAUCAAGCACGUCCAUGGACACCACGCUUCCUGGUAAAUCGUAGCAGCGUAACCGGAACCGCCGCCGAGAGGAGAUAACUGCAGCGCAACUACCCCCCCCUCAAGUCCAGCACCAACAACAUUACUCUCUCUCUCUCUCUCGAUACGCAGCGGAAUCAUCACACCAGCGAGCCAACGAUCGAUCAACCCUCUCUAUCUCACUCUCAAAAAGGAUAAACGACUCCGAGGAUGCGGGACGGACCCCCUAUUUUAGGGGGCUGUCCCCCUACUCGUACCUCCAUUUCAAUUACACGAUUAUAGCCAAAUUGCUAAGCAAAUUCAAAAGAGCGACGCGUGCGGAUCGUUGGUGCGACACACCGCGAGGAUGAAAAAUCUUCUUCUAUUCAAUUAAACGAAAUACAACAACAAACAAACAAAAAAAAGUGCUUUUUCCUUCACAUAGACACCGUCAAAAAGUCGAGCCUACUCUGUAUCCUACUACCUCCUACGUAACAGCCCGUGAUGUCCUCUCUUCGUUUUCUUUUCGGUACUCAUAAUUGCUCGUGAUCUUGUGCGAUGUACGACGUAUAUUGGCUAAUUUUGUAUACACGGGCUGUGCUGUAUAUUGCUCUUCUUUGUUGCGUACAUUUAGGCGCCAAACUUUGUACCAAAAGCCCCCCUAUUUUUUGUUCUCUGUGACCCCACCCACCGCCCCCCUCAAAAAAAAAAGCGUUCGAACACUUUUAUUUAUUUUCUAAUAAAAGUUUAUUUUUGCGUCUUGUGAUACACCAGGCAAA